UGUUAAAUGUUGCUUAUCUGUACUGAUUGCUGAGUUAUGGGCAGUACAAGUCCAGUUUCCAGUGUCAUCUUUGAGUUUGAUCCUAUGCAGGUGUCAGUGGUAAAGGGUAUCCUUUCCUGCCCUGUGUGCAAGCAGACCUGCUUUGCAAGGGAUGUAGUUGAGAAUUUCUUCCUCAAGGACUUUCCAGUUGGUGAUUCAGCUAUGGCAAAGAGCUGCUCCAUGUGCAAAGAGAAGAGACCAGCCCACAGCCUCUGCACCAGAUGCAAUAAGUGGUUGUGCAGCACAUGCACAGAGGAACACAGACAUGGCCAGGACCUUGGAGACCACUUCCUGUCGUUGUCCCUGAAGGGCUGCACAGCAGGUGAAGAUGAAGUGAGGGAGUUUUCCUUGUUCUGCCCAGUGCACCCUCAAGAGGCCCUGAAGGUGUUUUGUGAGACCUGUGACACCCUCACCUGCCGCAGCUGCCUCCUGGCCGAGCACAAGGAGCACAGGUUCAGGCAUCUCGAUGAAGCGCUGCAAAAUCAGAGAAUUAUCCUGGAGAAUGUCAUAACUAAGGUGGAGGAGAAAAAAAAUGGGAUUCAGGUUUCAGCUAAACAGAUUGAAGACAGGUUGCUUGAAGUAAAACAUCUGUACAAAAAGGUGGAAAACCAAAUAAAAAUGGCCAAGAUGGUUCUGAUGAAUGAAAUUGAUAAACGAACAAAUAUCCUCCUUGAACAACUGGAAAAAAUCACCAGUGAGAGGAAGCAGAGACUGGAGCAGCAGCUGCAAAGUGUUGUGGUUUUAGGCAGACAGGUGGAACACGUCCAGAACUUCAUCAGCUGGGCCGUGUGUAGCAAAAAAACCAUCCCGUUUCUCUUCAGCAAGGAACUGAUUGUGUUUCAGAUCCAGCGCUUGCUGGAGACAAACUGCAACAUGGACACGGGCCCUCCUCUGAAAAUCAGGUUUGCUUGGGAUCCCUCCUACUGGACUAAGCAGCUCUCCAAUUUGGGGGGUUUCACAAUGGAAGGUGGACACCUUACUCACCCAGAUGUACUGCUCUGUGGAAAUAUGCAAGGGUUGCAGCCCUCUCUGUACCGUGGGCACCCCUCGCCAGCCCCCCAGCUGGAGAGCAGCCAGCCUCACCAGUUCCCCGCCGCGCUGCCGUGCUCUGCGCCCGUGUGCUGCUCCCACUGCCUCAGCGUUCCUCACCCCAGCAAAGCCCAGCCUUCCUACCAAGACAUGAGCCACCACAAGGGCUUCCACCAGCCUCCUGCCCUUCAUCAGCAGCACUUCCCUCUGCAGUACAGCCUGCAGCCCCAGGACAGGGAGCCACGGGCUGCCCCCCAACCCGUGAAGCUGCCGCCGGCUGGGCUGGAGCAGCAGCCGCGCUCGGAGCCGGAGAGUGCGGUGUCCGGGAGGGUGGCAAAGGCCUUCCCAGCCCAGCAGCUGCACCAGGGCUGUGCUGGGGUGUCCCACGAGGCUCAGCAGGUUCCCUUGAGCCACCCACAGGCUCCUCUGCAGACAUCAGCUCUGGGAGUGCAGCUGGGCCACGUCCAGAAGAUAAAACCCAGCCAUGUGCCACAGCCACCCCCACAGCAGCAGCAGCAGCCCCUGGUGUCCCCCCCGGCAGGGCACGACGAGAGCACCCACAAGCAGGUCAUCCAGCAGAGCCUGGACAUCAUGCACCACCAGCUGGAGCUGGAGGAGAUGAAGAAGGAUCUGGAGCUUCUCCUGCAGGCCCAGGGACAGCCCAGCUUGCAGCUGAACCAAGCCAAGCCGCCGCAGCACGUUCAGCAGACUAUAGUUGGUCAGAUCAACUACAUAGUGAGGCAGCCAGCUCCAGCACAGCAGCAAGUCCAAGAUGAAGCCCAAGUCUGUGAGAGCUCCACAGAAGCUGAUGCCCAGAAGCCUGUCAUUCCUCUUGACAAAAGUGACAGUCCCUCCCUGUCACAACCCUUAGAAGAAGAAGCCAGUGGCAGGAGCCACUCCCCUGAGAGCACACUGCAGCAAUCAACUUUCCAUCCAGUGAGAAAGCGUUCAGCAUCCCUGAGCUUUGUGGGCUUUCCAAGCAGUGCAGAAAUGGAAUUAUCUCCCACGAAGUUACUCAGCUCAGCCGACCCAGAGGCGAAAGGUGCCGCUGCUGUGACACCUGGCCUGUCCCCCAACGCCCUCUGUGAGUGUGACCCUGCAGCAGAGCCCCUGCCCAGCUACAGCCUGGCCCUGGGCAGGGCUCCCAGUGACCCCAGCCCUGGGGCUCCUGCUGUCCCUGCACCCAGUGAUGCACUCCAGGGAGGCACCAAAUGCAAGCUAGAAAAUGACGACUUCAGUGCUGUGGAUUGUCUUCUAGAAAACAGCUUGGCUACUGCUGGGCAAGAGGUAGUUAAUGAAUUAACUCUUUCUAUGCAAAAAGUGAUGGAAGAACCUAUUAAUCUUUCAAUCAAAAAGUCCCAGCAUUGCACUUCUCCUUCUGAACUGCUCAGCAACACUUCUUUCCUGCCCAUGAAUGCCAGAAUGAGACAACCUAGAAGCAAAGAAGAUUCCAAUAACUGUGAAAAGGAACAUUUUGAAAUGGAUAUGAAAAGCAAUCAGAAUGUCAGAGGUGCCCCCAAGGAGCAGAGGAUCCCCUACGUGCGGCUGGAGCGCCUGCAGAUCUCUGCCGCGGAGGUGGGGGAGCUGCCCGUGUUCAAGCUCCAGCCACAGCACAACGGGCAGGAGAGCAGCUUCCUCCUGGUCAUUGAGUGUGGCACACGCUCCUCAAGCAUGUCCAUAAAGAUAAAUAAAGAUAAUCCAGCUGAAGGACAGAAGUCCAAAGAGGAGAACUCAGAGGAUGGGAGAUUUCUCAUCUCCCAGGCAGCAGGACAGACACAAUCCCCAUCUGUUGAUCAGAAGCUCAGCAAUGGCAUCUCCAGCAUGAAAAAAUCCCCAGUUACUCAGGAAGUCAGUCCAAUUGAAAAUGAGGAUUUCUGUGCUGUGUGUCUUAACGGAGGAGAGCUGUUGUGCUGUGAUCACUGCCCCAAGGUCUUCCAUCUCUCCUGCCAUGUUCCAGCCCUGCUCAGCUUUCCAGUGGGGGAAUGGGUGUGCUCGCUUUGCCGUAACCCUGCCAAGCCAGAGGUGGAGUAUGACUGUGAGAACACUCGCUACAGCCACAGCCACAAUGCACAGUAUGGCCUGGCUGACUGUGACCAGAAGAAGUGUGAAAAGCUGGUGCUCUCCCUGUUCUGCAGCAGUAUGAGCCUCCCAUUCCAUGAACCUGUCAGCCCCCUGGCUCGGCAUUAUUAUCAGAUCAUCAAAAGGCCAAUGGAUUUGUCCACCAUACGAAGGAAGCUGCAAAAAAAGGACAAGUCUCACUACUCUGCACCUGAGGAACUUGUGACUGACGUGCGUCUCAUGUUUUGGAACUGUGCAAAGUUCAAUUAUCCGGAUUCCGAGGUUGCUGAGGCUGGACGAUGCCUGGAUGAGUUCUUUGAGGACAAACUAAGAGAGAUCUAUCCAGACAGGCAUUUCCCUUCAAUGCAGCAGGAUGACUCUGAUUCUGAAGACUUGGAGAGCCAGAGCAGCCCCGUGGCAUCCCAGGAUUUCCAGUGGCCGUCGUACGGGCAGGAGUGUGUGCAGCCCAAAAGGAAACGGCGCCACGCUGACAGCGAAAAAACUAAAAGAAUGAUGUUUCAGCCAACUAACAGCCUUCCUCAGAUAUGACCUCCUCAAGAUAUGAGAUUUGAGGAAUCCAGCAGCAUGACUGGCAGAGUUAAGGUGUGUGGGAGGAAAGCAAAGCGCUCGGGCUGUUUAUUGAAACUCUCCUAUUCUGCUGACCAUAUGCCUUAUUUCUAGAUCUUGUAGAUAGACAACAGAUCAAAAUGUUUGUUUAAAUCUGUCAAUAUCCCAUCUGUUAAAUCACAUGUAUGUUUCGCAGUGUUUACAUUGAAGUACUAAUGUCUUGGUCAUAGGUAAUGAUAAACAAUAAUAAAAAUAACAUCCUGAUAAUACCUCAUACUGCAGUACUGUUUCAUAAUCUGUUCAAUGUGGCAUUGCUAUUUUAUAGAGCACAGGUAACCAUGUAAUAAUCUUGCAGC